CUGGCAGCCGCAGCCCCCGGACCCGGAGGAUUAUGAGCGAACCAUGAGGCGGCUGCGGCGCCGGGCGAUCGCGGCUCUGCUGCUGCUGCUGCCGCUGCUCCCCGCGCCCGGUCUUGGGGCCCGGGAUCCUGUAGGAGCUCUGCGCUGGAGGGGCUCACCCCAGGUGGGGAUUGUAGAAGCCCCCGAGGUCACAGAGCCCAGCCGUCUGGUAGGGGAGAGCUCCGGGGGAGAGGUCCGAAAGCAGCAGCUGGAUACCAGGGUCCGCCAGGAGCCACCUGGGGGCCCGCCUGUCCAUCUGGCCCAGGUGAGUUUCGUCAUCCCAGCCUUCAACUCAAACUUCACCUUGGACCUGGAGCUGAACCAUCACCUCCUCUCCUCACAAUACGUAGAGCGCCACUUCAGCAGGGAGGGGACAACCCAGCACAGUACUGGGGCUGGAGACCACUGCUACUACCAGGGGAAGCUCCGGGGCAGCCCGCACUCCUUUGCCGCCAUCUCCACCUGCUGGGGGCUGCAUGGGGUCUUCUCUGAUGGGAACCUGACUUACAUUGUGGAGCCCCAAGAGAUGGCUGGGCCUUGGGGAGCCCCCCAGGGACCCCUUCCCCACCUCAUUUACCGGACCCCUCUCCUCCCAGCCCCCCUCGGAUGCAGGGAACCAGGCUGCCUGUUCGCUGACCCCGCCCAUUCUGCUCCUCCAAACCGGCCGAAGCUGAGAAGGAAAAGGCAGGUCCGCAGGGGCCACCCCACUGUACACAGUGAGACCAAGUACGUGGAGCUGAUUGUAAUCAAUGACCACCAGCUGUUUGAGCAGAUGCGACAGUCUGUGGUCCUCACCAGCAACUUUGCCAAGUCCGUGGUGAACCUGGCAGAUGUGAUAUACAAGGAGCAGCUCAACACCCGCAUUGUGCUGGUUGCCAUGGAAACAUGGGCAGAUGGGAACAAGAUCCAGGUGCAGGAUGACCUCCUGGAAACCCUGGCCCGGCUCAUGGUCUACCGGCGGGAGGGUUUGCCUGAGCCCAGUGAUGCCACCCACCUCUUCUCGGGCAGGACCUUCCAAAGCACCAGCAGUGGUGCAGCCUACGUGGGGGGCAUCUGCUCCCUGUCCAGGGGUGGGGGUGUCAACGAGUAUGGCAACAUGGGGGCCAUGGCAGUGACCCUGGCCCAGACGCUGGGGCAGAACCUGGGCAUGAUGUGGAACAAACACAGGAGCUCAGCAGGGGACUGCAAGUGUCCAGACAUCUGGCUGGGCUGCAUCAUGGAGGAUACUGGGUUCUACCUGCCCCGCAAGUUCUCGCGCUGCAGCAUCGAUGAGUACAACCAGUUUCUGCAGGAGGGCGGCGGGAGCUGCCUCUUCAACAAGCCCCUCAAGCUUCUGGACCCCCCCGAGUGCGGAAACGGCUUCGUGGAGGCGGGGGAGGAAUGUGACUGCGGCUCGGUGCAGGAAUGCAGCCGAGCGGGUGGCAACUGCUGCAAGAAGUGCACUCUGACUCACGAUGCUAUGUGCAGCGACGGGCUCUGCUGUCGCCGCUGCAAGUACGAGCCACGAGGUGUCUCCUGCCGAGAGGCGGUGAACGAAUGCGACAUCGCCGAGACCUGCACUGGAGACUCAAGCCAGUGUCCCCCUAACUUGCACAAGCUGGAUGGUUACUACUGUGAUCAUGAGCAGGGUCGUUGCUAUGGAGGUCGCUGCAAAACUCGGGACCGACAGUGCCAGGCCCUUUGGGGCCAUGUGGCUGCUGAUCGAUUCUGCUAUGAGAAGCUGAAUGUGGAGGGGACAGAGCGUGGGAACUGUGGGCGCAAGGGGUCAGGCUGGGUCCAGUGCAAUAAGCAGGAUGUGCUCUGUGGCUUCCUCCUCUGUGUCAACAUCUCUGGAGCACCUCGGCUAGGGGACCUAGGGGGAGACAUCAGCAGUGUUACCUUCUACCACCAGGGCAAGGAGCUGGACUGCAGGGGAGGCCAUGUGCAGCUGGCUGACGGCUCAGACCUGAGCUAUGUGGAGGAUGGCACGGCCUGUGGGCCCAACAUGCUGUGCCUGGACCACCGCUGCCUACCAGCCUCUGCCUUCAACUUCAGCACCUGCCCAGGCAGUGGGGAACGCCGGAUCUGCUCCCACCACGGGGUCUGUAGCAAUGAAGGGAAGUGCAUCUGUCAGCCUGACUGGACAGGCAAAGACUGCAGCAUCCACAACCCCCUGCCCACAUCCCCACCCACCGGGGAGACAGAGCGAUAUAAAGGUCCCAGCGGUACCAACAUCAUCAUUGGCUCCAUCGCCGGGGCUGUCCUGGUUGCAGCCAUCGUCCUGGGCGGCACCGGCUGGGGAUUUAAAAACAUCCGCAGAGGAAGGUCCGGAGGGGCCUAAGCGCCACCCCCCUCCCUCCGAGCCUGGCACCCACCGUCUCGGCCCUGAACCACGAGGCUGCCCCCACCCAGCCACAGAGGGAGGCACCGUGCAAAUGUCUUCCAGGUCCAACCCUUCAACUCCUGGCUCCACAGGGGUUUGGAGGGGGGGCUGUGGCCCUGCCCUUCGAACCACCAGGGUGGCCCAGGCCUGGAGGGCAUUUCCUUCACGGUCCCACCCCACCUCAUGCGGCUUUGGCCUUGCACACCAACUCUCCCUGUGAAUGUAGCUUCCAUCAUCACAGUUUGCCACAGCUCAAGUGGGGGGGCCUGGAGUGGUGCCCCAAUGGGGGCAGGCAGCCACCAGCGGACACGGCCUGGGAUGGCCCCUCUUCAGAUCUAGACAGCUGGUACCAGGGACUCAGCUCUCUAGGACCUAGCGGGAAGGGGCUGACAUCUACUUUUUAUUUUUAAUUGAAUCUUAACUAAUGAAUGUAACCUUGGGGUGCUGGGGCCAGGGCAGCUCUAGGGAUAUUUUGACAUUUACCAGAGGGCCUGGAGGAACUGAGGUACGGUCAUCUCAGGGAGACCCUCCCCUGGGAUGCUCCCACCUGGAAUCCUGUCACUGCACCCAGUGGCUGGACGUCCCGCUUGCCCCGCCCCCAACCCCAGCCUUGAGGAGCUCAGAAGUCUGUGUGCUGAUCUCAAACCAAAGCUGCCUGUCCCGUGCCCCAGGCUAGGUUGUGGGUACGGUGACCACAUGUCCCAGAUUGUCUUCAAUUCCAAAACAACAAUCUGGUUCCCGCCUGGACACAUGUAUUGUGGGGGCAGGGGACCAGAAAAUACAGUCCCUGAAAUAAAAUGGCACCUUCCCCUUUCGAUAAGGGUAAUUCUGGGGCUGACUCAGGGUUUAGGUGCCCCCUGAUGGGGCCUGGCAGUCCCAGGCCAGGCCAUCCUCCCAGGGAGGGCUCUUUAGGUAGGAAGGGCCAGCAGUGUCCCGGUGCCUGGAGGGGUAGUGCCUAUGAGGUAAGAGAAGAUGAGGAAAGGGCAGGUCUUGGGGACCAUCCUAGGUUUCUAGAAAAGUUCUCAAGGCCUCAUCAAACCCUUUCUACUCCCUGAUCCCUUCCAGGCCCAGCCAGUAAGUUUACAGAUGUGUCCCUAUCUGUUCUCCUCUGACCCCGAUGCGGCCACGCCUGAGAACCUAAGGCCGGCAGCUCUCCGCCCUCCCACACACAGGCCUGCCCCCAGCCUGCCCUCGUGGCCCUCACUUGAGAUGCAGGAGCUCUGGCUCUGUGACCCUAAAAGUGAUGAGCAGAGGGCUACCUUAUGGAUGAAAGCCACAAUGGAUGGAGUCGCCCCACCCCAGGGUUCACCAUCUAGACUCAGAAGGGGUUUCUGAACACCCCAGGGUGUUCUCUAAGUUGCCUGCUUGUGUCCCUCUUUCUGGGGCCUCUUUGAAGAGGAAUCAAGGAGGAAAUAGCUCCCUACUUAUCCAAACCACCCUCAGAGGCAAAUGAGUCUGGGACCCAUUGACAGCCUUUCGGGUGACUGGGUGACAUCAGCUACAGUGAGGUCCUCAGUACUGUGCCCCAGCUGGCUCGGCCCAAGUGAGGGGGCUGAGCAGGUGGCCCCUUUUUCCAGUUCUGCUCCACAACCUGAGGCUGGUCAAGGGCUGGGCUUUGCACUUUUGCCACGAAAACUUGAGGCCUCCAUUCUCAGGUGGCACAUGGGCACACAAGUGGCGAUGCAUCUGGGCACAAGCAUGUGGACCCACAUCUCUGCACAAGUGUGAAUGCCUCCGCACACAUGGGCAUGUCUGUGUGCUCACGUGCCCGUGGGGGUGGGGACAUGGAGUAGAGACUUCCUGUGACCAGUGGAUCCUGGCUCCCAGCUGUCUGCAUCCUCCUGUCCCGCCCUGACGGUACAGCCUGGCGGUGCCCAGUGGGGAGUGGGGACUUCUCUGGCCUGGACCUGGCUCCCUAUGCAUUCUGUACAUAGGUCAUCUGGGGCUUGGGGUGGGGAGGCAGGGCCAGGAAUAUCAAUUAAAGAUCACAUCCUGGGGCUUCCACGGAGCUCACACCAA